AUGACGCCACUCUUGAAAAGUUCCAUCCUCCAUCCCCUCGGUCUUUGCAUUCCGCUCCUUCCGCUCCUUCUGCUCCUUCCGUUCUUGAUCGCCACGUUAUGUGAGGGGAGCAUCCAUCUUUCCCACACCUUGCUGUGCUCCUUUACGCGGCAAUACAGCUCGUUGCUGCAGAGACCUGCCUGCCCCUUCUCUUCUCGUCCUUUCCUUCCGCAGCUUGCCCCCACCAAGCAGGUGUCCCCCUGUCACCCACGUGUGCCAGCCAGAUCCGGGAAUGAAGGGGAGGAUGGGGAAGGGAAUGAAGGGGAGGAUGGGGGAGGGAAUGAAGGGGAGGAUGGGGGAUGGAAUGAAGGGGAGGAUGGGGGAGGGAAUGAAGGGGAGGAUGGGGGAGGGAAUGAAGGGGAGGAUGGGGAAGGGAAUGAAGGGGAUGAUGGGGAAGGGAAUGAAGGAGAGGAUGGGGAAGGGAAUGAAGGGGAGGAUGGGGAAGGGAAUGAAGGGGAGGAUGGGGGAGGGAAUGAAGGGGAGGAUGGGGGAGGGAAUGAAGGGAAGGAUGGGGAAGGGAAUGAAGGGGAGGGUGGGGAAGGGAAUGAAGGGGACGAUGGGGAAGGGAAUGAAGGGGAGGAUGGGGAAGGGAAUGAAGGGGAGGAUGGGGGAGGGAAUGAAGGGGAGGAUGGGGAAGGGAAUGAAGGGGAGGAUGGGGGAGGGAAUGAAGGGGAGGAUGGGGGAGGGAAUGAAGGGGAGGAUGGGGGAGGGAAUGAAGGGGAGGAUGGGGGAGGGAAUGAAGGGGAUGAUGGGGGAGGGAAUGAAGGGGAGGAUGGGGAAGGGAAUAAAGGGGAUGAUGGGAAAGGGAAUGAAGGGGAGGAUGGGGGAGGGAAUGAAGGGGAGGAUGGGGGAGGGAAUGAAGGGGAGGAUGGGGGAGGGAAUGAAGGGGGGGAUGGGGGAGGGAAUGAAGGGGAGGAUGGGGAAGGGAAUGAAGGGGAUGAUGGGGAAGGGAAUGAAGGAGAGGAUGGGGAAGGGAAUGAAGGGGAGGAUGGGGGAGGGAAUGAAGGGGAGGAUGGGGAAGGGAAUGAAGGGGAGGAUGGGGGAGGGAAUGAAGGGGAGGAUGGGGGAGGGAAUGAAGGGGAGGAUGGGGGAGGGAAUGAAGGGGGAGGAUGGGGGAGGGAAUGA